GGAGGCGCUCUUAAAGAUCGUGACAGUUCGAAAGAGAGAGCAAUCCUGACAAGAAUCCCUGGGAAGAAGGUAUCUUGGGCAGGCCUCAUCGCAGCUGUCCAUCACCCGAAGGAAAGAAAAAAGCAUAUACUCUCCGUACUUACUAGCAGUUGAUAGCCCCGCCGCCGCCCGCCCGUCGGCUCCGGCGCCUGCUCGAAGCUGAGUUCAAGAACAGAAGUGAUUUCUCGACCAAAAACAGAGAUUGAUAAGGAGAGCUCGAGAGGGAGUUGAGAUCUGAAGUGCUUUCUCGGCCAGAUCCGAUCCGAGGGAGGAAGGUAUCGUCGUCUGCUCGUCCAUGGGGAUGCUAGGGCUGAACAGGCUCGUGUCUCUGCAGAGCGACCGGCCGCGGCGUCAGCAAGGGGGAGUUUCAGGUCGUCGGCUUACGGCCUCAAGGACGGGUAAAAGGAAGGGAUCGCCCUGUCAACAAGAUGACGAUGGCGAUGAUUCUCAAUCUGGUAAAAUUAGGAGAACGGUAAUCAAGGCGCUUCCUGAGGACAUAUUGUUUCGUAUACACUCCUUAAUGCCAAUGCGUGAAGCUGCUCGUGCUGCUUGCGCAUCUCACGCCUUUUUAAAUUCGUGGAGAUACCAUCCCAAUCUCAUCUUUGAUAAGGAUACAAUUGGCUUUCCCUUUUUACAUUCGUGGAGAUACCAUUCCGGCCUCAUCUUUAAUAACGAUACAAUUGGCUCGAAAGAAAGUGCGAGUGGAGAGAAUGUCCACCACAAGAUUGACUGCAUUCUCAGGGAACACAAAGGCAGCUUGAAAACAUUCAAGCUUGACUACGCUCGAAUGAAUGGGCUCGAUGACUUCAGUUAUCUUGACAGUUGGCUUCAAAUUGCUCUUAAGCCUGGGCUUGAAGAACUCACCUUCAUGUUGUCUGCAUCAAUGUCUCAAACAACUGGAAAAUACAACUUCCCAUGCCCGUUGUCUGGAGCAAAGAGAACAUACAACUUCCCAUGCGCGCUUUUAUCUGACAGGGUUGGAAACUCGCUUCGGUGCCUUAGACUUGGUCUCUGUGUCCUCCAUCGCAUAGUUGAACUUGGCCCCUUGAGAAGCCUAACACGCCUGUACCUCUGUCAUUUGAGCAUCACAUGGAAUGAGUUAGAGCGCCUUCUUUCCAACUCGCUUGCUUUGGAGCUAUUACAUCUUACUGGUUGUGAUGAGAUUAAAUGUCUGAAAUUAUCUAGUGCCCUGCAGCGGCUCAGCGGGCUUCAUAUUUUAGUAUGCCAGAGAUUGGGAGUGAUAGAGAGCAAAGCUCCAAAUCUCUCUAGUCUCCGCCUUAGAUCAGGAUGCAGGUUAGACUUCUCACUUGUGGAAACAUGGCAAAUGAAGAAACUAUACUUGGUACAAAGCAAUCUUAUCUAUGAUGCCCGUGCCAAGCUACCACCCGUUCUGCCAAAUAUUGAAACUCUUUACAUAGAAUCACAGCGUGAGGUGGUUGAUGCACCAAUGCUGCCUACCAAAUUCCUCUACCUUAAGCACCUGACCAUUGUUUUGAGAUUAGAACCAAACGGUUCCGGGGCAUAUGACUAUUUUUCUCUGGUUUCUUUCCUGGAUGCUUCUCCUUCCCUGGAGACUUUGACAUUAGAUGUGACUCAGCGGCGUAUGGUGCAUGAAUCGAUUUUUGUGGAUUCACAACUGAGGCACAUGCCUGAGCACCACCAUGGCCACCUCAAGAGCGUGAAGAUCAGUGGUUUCAGCUCUGCGAAGUGCUUGAUUGAACUGACAUGUUAUAUUCUCAAGAACGCGGUGUCACUUGAGUGUCUUACAUUGGACACCAUUUGUGGGAAUAGGUGUUAUGAUGAAGGCGGCGACAAUUGGUGUGUUCCCAUGGCGGAUCCUAUUCUCGUGGAAACCCCUAGGACGCUCUCGGCUAUCAGAACAUACAUUGAGAAUAAAGUUCCAUCUACAGUUAAGUUAACUGUUCUGGAGCCUUGCAACAAAUGCCAUGGUAAAAGACUAGAGCGGCUAUUAUCACUGUCGCACAAUGUCAUUUCCAUUUAAUUUUAGAUGGCCCAUGUUUUGCUUCUUGAACCAUUUGUGUGACCUACUGUACAACAAAAUUUUAAUUCAAAUCUUGGAUGGACCAUUUUUUUUAUCCGGAUUAGCUGACCAAUGU